AUGCUGACGAGGAGAUCUCUACCCAAGUUUGAUAUCCCACCAUCAGAAGUGCGCCAGCCACCGCCUCCUCGACGGCCAGGUAAAGAAGAAUGGAAUACGGAGGAGGAGGUUGCACCCUUCAAAUUACUGGUUCCACCCAGAGUUGACCAGGCAAUCCGCACUUUCUACCCGAGGAGGUGUAAAAGAAAGAGGGUAACAACAGACAUAGAAUCUCUACCUGAUGAGCUGUUGUUUGAAGUCCUUGUGCGCAUCCCAGUCCAAGAUGUUUACGAGGCAAGGCUUGUUUGCCGCAAAUGGUACCAUAUCAUCCACACCCGUAAUUUCAUUUCCUCCAGCUUACACCACUCAACUUAUGGUCUCCUUUUCAAAUCCGUGUGUUGGGAGUCAGUUUUAAUCCUCCCUCAAAGGGGAGUGGGAGGAGGGGUCGAGGUGACCCAGUUGAGGUACAAGCGUAGGUGUGUGGUCCUUAGUAGUUGUAAUGGAUUGUGGUUAGAGAAUAAUCUGCCAAGUCAAGAUUAUCCGUACGUCAUAAAUCCCUUAACAGGGCAAAUUGUUAUUCUCCCUCCAUGUGUUGGUAGAGUUUCAGAAUUUAAAUAUGCACUGGCGUACGCACCGGCUUCCAUGGAGUAUAAGGCGGUUAUAUUUUAUCCUCCUGACGGAAUCUAUCGUGCUAUUUGUCAUAUGUUAACUGCUGGAGUUGAUAAAACAUGGAGGGACAUUGAUUUGGGACUCAUAUCAUCGGAUGCACUUAAGGCAUUCCACAAUAUUCCGUUGGUUACUGAAGGUUUCGUGCAUUGGCAGAAUCCCCGUACUCACCAUGUCUUGACACUUAAUUUGGAGACUGAAACUUUUACUGAGACUCCCGCUCCUCUCCUGCCUCCUGCUAUUGGGAGUGAUAGAAAUAUUUACUUAUCAACAGGAAAAUGUCUGACGUUAUUGCGUCAAUACGAGGUGUGCUUGUGGCAGGUCUGGGAGAUGAGUCGACCCGAAACAGGAGAAUGGAGAAAGAAGGCCCAUUUUUCUUUGGAGGCUCACAAGGAAAGAUUCAAGAUACCAGGUGGUGUUCCCAAUAAUUUUUUGACCCCGGUAGGCUGGGUCAAGUACCCAGAGUUGUUGGCCAUGAAAGCUAGGGAUAAAGCUCAAAUGAGUUCAGUUUUUAUAUACAACCUUGUCACGCAUGAAAUUGAUGAAAUCGGGUUACCUACCUUUAUUUGUACUUACAGAAUUUUGGUACAUAAGAGUAGUUUGGAGUGGUUGGAUGCAGUCAAGAGGAGUCCAUCUUCUCCAUAA